AUGACCCAACCAAACACUAAACAACAAAAAAUGUCCCAUUCUCUAAAAAUCCAAUUGCGUUCAUCAGAUGCCACUGUCCCAACUAAAGGUUCUUCCACCGCUGCUGGUUACGAUAUUUAUGCUUCUCAACAAUGCGUUAUUCCAUCUCGUGGUCAAGGUUUAGUUGGCACUGAUAUUUCUUUCACCGUCCCAGUUGGUACAUAUGGUAGAAUUGCUCCAAGAUCUGGUUUAGCCGUUAAAAACGGUAUCCAGACUGGAGCUGGUGUUGUUGACAGAGACUAUACUGGUGAGGUUAAGGUUGUUUUAUUCAAUCACUCUGAAAAAGAUUUCGAAAUUAAGAAAGGUGAUCGUGUAGCCCAAUUGAUUUUGGAAAAAAUUGUCGAUGAUGCAGAAAUUGUCGUUGUUGAAUCUUUAGAAGACAGCGAAAGAGGUGCUGGUGGUUUUGGUUCCACUGGUAAAUAA